AUGUCCGAUAGCAACCCCCAUCACCCUGGCGUACGCAGCUUGCUGGCCAAGUUCGAAGGCCAAAGUCCGAUCACCUCCCCGCCCUCCCGUGGCAGAUCUCCUGCCGCCUCAGACACCUCGGGGACAGCUCGACAGUUGUCCAGGGUCCGCGCCAGCUUCGUGAACGUUGAAGGGGCCAUACAAUCCAACCCAGCAUCGCCAUUGAGGAAAACAAGUGGACGGAGUGAUAGCCCUGGCAUAUUUGGACCGAAAAUCAAUUCGGAGGAUGUGCAGUCGGGUCGGCAGAACAUGGCUUCUCCUACCCCAGCCAGUCCGGUAGAGCACACCCAGAACGCGACUUUGGCCCAGAUCAUGGCAGAAGGUCGACCGGAACCCCUUCAAUCGAAGCCCCAACUGGAUAGCACCACUCAGGAGCCUGCUGCGCACUCUGAGACUACACCCCCGUCGCAAGACGCGCCGAAGGCAGGGACUGCCUCCGCCAAAUCCAAGUCGACGUCCUCCGAGACCCACUCGCAAGAUACCGACGCGUCAACCAAGAGAAAGCCGUCUACUGUUAGAUCUACGGCUAACAAGCCAUCGACUACUCCCACAUCGACUGGCGGACAGCGAUCCCAAGCUCCCACCUCCAAGCCCUCAGCCCGCGAAGUGGCCAAAGAGCGGUCCAACUCUCUCGCCCACAAGCCAAGCCGUGUCUCCUUGAAUCCCAUGACGACAACACGGCCAAUACGAGGCGCAACCCCUUUGGAAUCUCCAAAGCCAUCCAUUACAAUGAACAAAUCUACCCGUCAAUCUACAACCAUGCAACCACCCCCUAAGCCAGCAACCGCUGGAGCAAGCACUCGCACUGCCAACACUCUUACGAGAAAGCCUUCAACCCUCAGAAGUGCCGCUGGAGCUCAGCAGCAGGCGACUCCAUCGACAGGUGUUCGCAGACAGUCGUCUCGCGCCUCGCUGCCCGCCCAGCCAGCCAACGAACGGCCCAGUUCCCGAACCAGUGAUGUCCACUCUAACAAGCCAGUCAACGAGGGCUUCCUUGCGAGAAUGAUGCGACCCACUGCUAGCUCCGCUAACAAGUCACAUGAGAAGACGGACGCAAAGCCUGCCCCCAAGACUACAUCGGCUCCCAAGGCCCCCAGGCAGUCCAUCGGUGGCAGGGUCCCCGAACGCACUGCUUCCCAAUCAAAGCCCAAGGCUACCACUCUGCGACCUCAGAGUGAGAAGUCUCAGGCUGCGAAUAAGGCGACUGUUCGUGACCACCCAAUUCCUCAAAAGAAGCAGGAAAGUGAGAAGGAGAAUAUUGUUGAGCCUACCCCAGCCAGUCCCAAGAAGCCUGUCACUGUUGAGAAGGCCCAGCUUGCUGUUGUGGAGCAGCCCGAGGCUAUCGCUAAGCCAGUUGAGGAGGUCGUUGUUUCUGUUCAGACUGAGAAGCCCGCCGAGAAGGCUGCCUCUACCAUCGAGCCAACCGAGAAGUCGGCUGAGGUGUCUGAGCCUGCUGUUGAGGCCCUAGCUGAGCCCAUCGAUUCUGGAGUCAAGGUUGAGACCAAUACUGAAGUGGAAGCACCAGUUCGGGUGCAACCAGUUGCUGAGGCUGAAAUUCCCGUCAAGGCUGAAGUUGAGGCUCCUGUAGAGACUAUUGAGCCGAUUCCCGAGGCUGUCGAAGAGGAGCAGACCGUCGAGACUACCACUACCCCCGAGGUGGCAGAUGCCACCCCAGCUCAGGUCGACGAGACUAUCGAAGAGCCCAAGGCCUCAGCCCCUAUCGGGGUUGAAGCCACUGGGCAGAUGACAGUCUUCCCUGGGCCAGAACUAGACCAGGAGCCCGAAUCCAAGGUUGAGGUUCCCGAGAAAGACGAGACUGUCUCAGCCAAGGACACUAUUGUUCCAGAGACUUCAGAUCCCGAAGCGAAGUCGGCAGAUGUGAAGCGUACCGAGACGAAGCCCGCCACUGAAGCCGAAUCUAGCAACGUCGCCCUCGAUAUCACUACACUGGCUCUGAAUUAA